AUGUCGAGCGAAGUUCUACUCAAGGUCCGCGAAAGGAUGCAGAAAAUUAAGGACAACAUCGAGCUUGCGGAGGGGCGCGAGCAUGAAGCCAAAGAAAGUCUCAAAGAAAUUACAGCUGAUGUAGAAAAGUACGACAACGAGAUUUCCUCUAUGAAAAACAGAAUUAUUCUUCUAAAGAAGGAACUGGAGGAAAAGAACGACCUACUGGAGGACAAAAAGCUUAGAAGCGAACAACUGGAGUUAAAAAAUGAACAAGAGAGUGAAGUCGUGCGCGAGUUAGAAAACGUCGAGGUUGAUGAAGACCAAAGGAUGCGUGAGGUUGAAAACGAGUUGGCAGAAACAACACAAAGGGCAGAAUCGAUGGAGAAUCAAACCACGGAACUUAGGCAAAAAUUGGGGCAAUUAGAGAGCGAAAUUCAAAAGGUAGGUAUUAAUAUUUUUCUUUCUGGAGAUGCGCAUAUUGUUUAUGAUAACAAAUUGUGCUCGAUUAGGUUACCUGUGCCUUCCCAAACACGAAUACACUUCGGGAAAAAAUUUUCCUUUCGUCCUUUAUGUAGCUUGAGCAAAAGUGGGCGACGAAUAAUUUAAAGGGCCAUAAAAUAAUGAGAAUGAGCCUUCUAUUUUCUUAUCGCAAGAACCAAAUUGGUCUCCUAAUCAAAGUGAAGACUCAUAAAAUAUUUGAUGCCCAUCUGUUGUAAUGGAUACGUCAGGACACAAUUGGCUGCCUCGGCCAUUUAAGAUUAUUGAUUACUAUCACCGCUGAUAGCAUUACCUUGCAAUGCAAAAUCGCUUUCGAAGCUUUUGAAAAUCAGUUAAGGAGUAGAUAGUGGCCGCAAGCCGAACAUAAGGUUCGGUUCCCUAUUUUUGCAUGCAAAGCAAUCAUCACGUCUCUACUAGGCAUUGACAAAUGAUUUUCUUUUUCAGUGGGCCGGAAACUCAUCGCAAUCACCUUUUGUUUAUCGGCAAUUAUAGAAUGCCUGGCUUUGUUAUUCACUUUCAAUAAAGUUGAUAUCAAUUAACUCUCUACCAUACAAGAACACAAUGAUGGUACAUUUUGAAGAGGGCGAGGUUAGGUAAAACAAAGUCAGGGACGCCGUGUUUGCGGCCUAUUCUCCUGGAGGGAGGAGUAAUGAUGCCGUGAAUAAUGGUAAUAAUGCAGUGUGUAUAUCAGUAACGGUGGGUAUUGCAUUCACAAAUCGAAGCUAAGCGCAGGCCUGAUUAACUUAUUAAUUUAUCUACUCAUUAACCUGCCUGGUCUGAUUCAUUUGUAAACAAACGUAAGAGAACAUUGUCCAAUUGGGCAACUGAUGACCAUCCUUCCCCUCCCCCCCUCCCCCACCCCGUUUUUUUUCUCCCAUCUCUGGCGUGACGGAAACAUUCCAAUUCUGGUUAAGGUUAUACCAAAUAUCCAAACUACUCAUACUAAAAGACGUGACGAUAUAGGUAAACCGAAACAACGGAUCGGGGUUAUUCGCCUGAAAAUAAGGAGCCAAAAAUUACACCCUGUGACUAUGGUGUAAACAGUAAUCUACCUACAAGUGCACAGAAACCGAGGAUAACUAUUUAUUGUCGUUAUAAAACUUCGACGAUAGAAUCUGGGUAGUUCUCUGAACAACUCGUGACUCGAACUUUAUCUCGUGCUAUUAACACGCAAACUCUUUUAAUAGACCUAAAACAUAAAAGACUCAAACUCAAAGUAGUCGUUCAGUUUCACUCGCCGUUUUUGGCUUGUCUUCCGGUUUGGGCCAGAAUUCAAAGGCUACCCAACGACCGAAUGCUUCGAAAUACGUCAGAGGUGCCUCAAAUAGUUCCCUCUUUGCUUUUAAUAGAAGCCUAAUUGGUUAAUCUGAAGUUGACAACUAUCUAUCUGUUCGGAUGUCUUCGGGGGAACUUUGGUCGUCUCAAACGUUUUAAGUGACUUUUUCGUCUCAUCUGAAACUGUCAGCUACCCUAAUGUUCCGGUUGAAAGUUCGAGGAAAUGGAGUAGCCAUACUUUCAUUAGAAGAUUCCAGCCGUCUUUUAAACAAUAGUCAUCGCAAUAACUUGGUAAUAAAAUGGAAAAAUAAACCUCCGAAAAUUGUAAGUAAGUUAGUAAAUUAAAGGAAACCUCUGAAUGACUUAGACGAAUGGAACAGUGAUACAGAAAUUUUUAACCUUUCUCGAGCUUUCGAGUCGUUUCGUGUACCUGAGAAUUUGUGUUGAGAAAAUCACUUUGGGAGGCUUUUGGCAGACUAAAAGGUCUACUUACCUUAGCAAGGAAAAGUAGGAUUCGAAAUCUGCUAAACACUGAACAACCCUGAACAAACGGGGCAACGAACGGGGAAGACUUUGAGCGCUUUCCUAAACUCAAAUCUGUCCAGUCAUAUUGAAAAUGAAAUAUUAGUCUUUCCGCGAAAUAAUUACUAAAAACAACUUGUCAAAGCAAUGCAUACCAUUUAGAAAACAAACUGAUCUGGCUGGACAGUCCUGAUCAAUGGUGAAUUCUCCUAACGACUGGACUAGUUCUGACAAAUGAUAAGUCGAGAUAAGCGCCCUUUUGAACAGCAUUUAUAGAUCAGUCACAUCAAACGAAGAGUGAAGUUGAAGUUCAACAAAAUUAAUUGAUCACUGUCUAAAGAUAAAUGCAAAGUAACCCAUUCAUAAGAAGAUGAGAUAAAAGAUAGCUGAGUAAAGCUUUUCCAUGAGGAGACACCAGAUGUAUGUUCUAGCUAUUGCGAUAGUGUCGGCCAAAAAUAAAAAUAGAUAAGCGAUGUUCUUUGCACUGGCUCUACAUAAAUACCGUGCUCUUGUUGACCUUAGACAAAAAUAAUAUUAUUAGCGGCACAGCUUAGCUUCAUUGACAUAAGGAACUUAGCACCAAUUUACCGGCAGUAACAUUAGAGGAUUGAAGCGCCUACAACCCCGGUGUGAGGGGGAAGGCGGGCCGGGGGAAAUCGACAAAGUGUCCCGACUAUUUUGUCCGAAGUUGUAUCUCCCGUGCAGGUGCCCCAAGGUGGGGGUGUGGUCCGAAAAGUUUCAAUCAGUGUUAAUUGUUUCGUGAAAUUUAUUUGCCAGGCCAGAGAUCGAGAAAGAAACGCUACACAGCAAGUCGAGGAUCUAACGGAAAAGGUCCAGCAAGCGGAAAAAGAUCUGCGGCAUCUCGAACAGAAAGACGAAAGUGCCAGCGAACGAGAGCAGGAGACGGAAGAGAAAGUAAGCUUCCUUCAGCAGCAGGUGAAAGAGAUGCAAGCCGGAGCGGAGGACCAGGAAAGAAAAAUUCCCCCGCUAGAACGAGUGAGAGAACAACUGUCUGCAGAGAUCCUCGACACUAAAAAGAAGGUUAAAGAGGUACAGAAGGAAAUGGAAGACAUGGAGGCAUUGGUGGGUGAUUCCAUCAGCGAUGACGAAGGUGAUUUCGCGGGGAAGAAAACACCUCCGUCUACAACUGCGUCGACGAAAGAAACGCGACAAGAAGAUGAGGAAGACGAAGGCGAAGACGAGCCAAAAGAAGAAAGUGAAGAAGACGAGGACUGAAUUACAAAAUAAACAAUAGAUCACAUAAAAUCUAGUUAAGUUUACUUUUUUUCUGUUGUUGUAGAAGUUUAAGGCGCUCAUCAAAGACCUUUCCAAUCAUCAACUCACCCUGCAAAGGCUAACCCCGUUCCCAGGGCUCUCUCUCCCGCUCCGAGAAACGAGUAAGAGAGAGAACUGGGAACAAGGUUGUCAAGGUCAGUUGAGGUUACUCUUAAAGGAAGAUGUGGGCUGUCCUAAGGGUUAAUUUCCACUGUCGCGUAAUUUUUACGUGCGUACGUGCGUAAAAUUUACGUUCGCGCGAAAUCGUAAAAGACCAAGGUCGCUCAACUUCAAGUCUGAGCGCGACACAUCAUACCUUGCCUCUUUAUUUAUUUACAAGAGUAAAAUUUACGUGCGUGUACACGCAAGUAAAAAUUACGCGACAGAGGAAAUCCACCCUAAGUCCUUCCUAAAUCAAUGCUGGUUUUGGAAUCCUUACUGAAGUUUGAUUGAGUUUUCAAACAAAUUGUUUAUAAGGUCAACUCCAAAACGAGGUCUCCCUCGUUGAGCACGAGUUUAGAAACUCUCGGAAUAGAGGCCUUAGAAACGCGGUACAUGUUCAUAUCCUCUUAGCACUGUAGCGCAGAUAAUAAACAAGAGUAUAGGAUGAGUAAAAGCCCUCUUUGGUUGAUUUCAUCACAAGUACAAACUCGUAAUAGAACUUCGGGCCUUAAUUCACGAGAGAAAGGAUAAACAAAGCGGAUAAUGAAACCAUUAUCCUUUCUCGGACAUAAACUAUACUAAUUGAGCAUUUCUUUUCUUUUCUUUUUCUUUUUUUUUUUUGAGGUUGAUGGUCAAAAGUGGUUAUGCUUUUUUGCGUUGAUUUGCUUCCUCUUUUGUACUUUGUAGAUGCCUAAAAUAAGCGCGCCUCUACUUUUAAAUCCCUCCAAGAGGGUCCUGAAAGACACUGAAAAUCCACAACCAUCGUGACUUUUAACCGAUAAGCAUCAGCUAUGAUUGGUUUGUUUUAAAAAAAGUUCCACUUCAGCUAUGAUUGGCUAGUUUUUAAUACAUUUUUUCCUUAAAGGAUUUACUGGAC